AUUUUAACUUUCGCAAAUAAACGUAUUAUAGCGGUGGUGUUGAUCGUAUUGUGAGAAGUUAAAAGAAACUUUUAUUCCAUAAUCUUGAUCAUAUGAUAAAACCCAUGUUACAUUAAAUUUGUUCAUUUUUCUUGGAUCUGUAUUUGAUAAACAGAAAACAAUGUCUUAUAUGUUGUCACAUCUUCACAAUGGAUGGCAAGUGGAUCAGGCAAUAUUAUCUGAAGAAGAUAGAGUAGUUGUUAUUAGAUUUGGUCAUGACUGGGAUCCAAUGUGUAUGAAAAUGGAUGAAGUUCUUUAUAAUAUUGCUGAAAAAGUAAAAAACUUUGCUGUCAUUUAUCUAGUUGAUAUUACUCAAGUACCUGAUUUUAAUAAAAUGUAUGAAUUGUAUGAUCCUUGUACAGUUAUGUUUUUCUUUCGAAAUAAACAUAUAAUGAUUGAUUUGGGAACUGGAAAUAAUAAUAAAAUAAACUGGACAUUAGAGGACAAACAAGAAAUGAUUGAUAUCAUUGAGACAGUCUACAGAGGUGCCAGAAAAGGUAGAGGUUUAGUUGUUUCUCCAAAAGAUUAUUCUACAAAAUAUCGUUAUUAAUUAUCUUUAUUGACGAAAAUAUUUUAUAUUAAUGUAUAAAUCAGAGAGAAAAUAUUGGUAUAUAACUGAACUUACAUCAAUAAAUAAAAAUAUGGCAUAAUUACAAAUAAAUAUAAAGUUAUAUAUAGCAUAUAUGUACUUAUGCAAAUUAUUGUAAAAAUAAUAAGUAUAUUUGUACAUUUAUUAUUUUACAUUUAUCUGUAAAUAGCGAUUAUAGUUUUGUAUAAAUUGGUUAAUUUAUUUUCUAUACAAGAAGAAGUCAAUAAAUCAUAGCUUAGUGAAGAAAGACUAGAUAAUUAAAUCCUGAAAACAUA